GCCUUUUCUUACUUCAUUCCCGGUGAAUUUAGCAACACACAAUUCAGCUCAUCUACACUGUCAGAGUGGAAAAGGAGUUUUUUAUAUAAAUUAAGUGGGGAAACACCAGUGGAAAUGUCGACCGCUCUGGAGAGUUAUAUUAACCGGACUGUCGCCAUCAUUACGUCAGAUGGACGAAUGAUUGUGGGAACGCUAAAGGGAUUUGACCAGACAAUCAACCUCAUCUUAGAUGAAAGCCACGAGCGGGUGUUCAGCUCCUCCCAGGGAGUGGAGCAAGUUGUGCUGGGACUAUACAUUGUUAGAGGAGAUAAUGUGGCCGUUAUUGGUGAAAUCGAUGAAGAAACGGACUCUGCACUGGAUCUCGGCAAUAUAAGGGCAGAACCACUUAACUCCGUAGUGCACUAAGUUUCUACAGUGUGUAAAAGUACAGACUCAUUCAAACCACAUCCACCGUAUUUUCGACUGGAUCUGGACCCCCCACAUCCUCCCCUCCUCCCUCCUCUCCCUCCUCCUCAUGCGUGGAGUAUGUGCAGAAAUGGAAUAGAAUUUUUCACAUUGCUUUUUUUUAAAUGCCUGGCUUUUUUACGUGUGUGAAAAUACAAUAAAUUGUAAACAUUUUUGGUGUAAA